AGUUGAGGCCAUCCACGCCGAUGAGGUCGGAUGCACCUGCAGCCUCGUCGUUACUCAGAUCUUAGGUAGAUGAUAGGAAAUGCUGGCCUCGUGAUCCGGGUUGGCUGGACUGAGAAACUAGUAUUUAACCCCCAGGCACUGGCGUAGGCCUCACAUCUUUCAUCGUCGCAGCCUCUCGCAAGCAGUCUCGCAAGUCACCAGCUGUUGUCCCCGUCGCCGAAGCACCGUCUCACACGCCAACUAGCGACUCUGACAAAAUGGCUGCUUCGUUGAACCAGAAGGUCGAUGCCCUCGUGAAGUCCAACCCUGAGGCUGCUAAGAAGCUCGAGGAGACAAUUGCCGCGCUUGAGAAGACCUACUUGAGCGGUGAGUCUGCUGAGGGACCGAUCGGCAGACUCGGCCGUGGAUUCCAGACCUUCAAGUCCAACGUCUACGACAAGGACAGCGCUCUGUUUGACAAGUUGAAAACUGGACAAUGGCCCAAGUACAUGAUUAUUGCUUGCUCCGACUCCCGAGUCGACCCUGCCACCAUUUUUGGACUCAACCCUGGAGAAGCCUUUAUGGUGCGCAACGUCGCCAACAUGGUGCCUGCCUGGGAACCCAAGGGCGGAUACCCGUCCGUGAGCUCUGCCCUUGAGUACGCCGUGAAGCACCUCAAGGUCGAGCACAUCAUCGUUAUCGGACACAGGCUCUGUGGAGGAAUCAAGGCCCUCGUUACCACUGAGGAAGGACAGGGUAGCCAUGAUUUCAUCGAGAACUGGCUUGAGAUCGGAAAGCCCGCUCGCGCCGCGACCAAGGCUGUCUCUGGCAGCGACGAGGUCGACGAACAGUGCAAGUUCUGCGAGAAGGAGUCUGUAAACGUCUCCUUAACCAACUUGCUCUCCUACCCAUGGGUGAAGGAGAAGGUGGUCGGGAAAAAGUUAAGCAUCCACGGCGGCUUCUACGACUUCGUUGAGGGGUCCUUCCAGGUGUGGGACUUCGAGCUUAACGUUAGCCACUCGCAGAAGUUCUAGAUUGGUGCAGAUCGUGGAACCGACGAGCAACUUUUCGCGUGUACAUUUAGUAGAUAGUGCAGAUCGAUCGGGAACCGCAACCGUUGGGUGGCUCAAUAGCUCUGCAGGGGCAGGGUUCGAACAGAUGCAGAGGCUUCUGCUCUAGAAGUGGACACUGUUUCGUCGUGUUUCGUCACAGCCUAUGCGCAAGCAGGGUUUUCUCUUUUUAUUGAGUUUGCAGCUAUGAAAAAAUUAGCUUUUUGUUA